CAUGGGAAGCCGGAAUGUACGAGGCCAACUCAAGGAUCAUGAACUCAGCACGGCGAUGGGGCGUUUGUGCCGCUCAUCCGCGUCGGUCAGAAAGAGCGAAGCGCGGCUAAGAGACGUCGACAACGACCCUCACACCGCAGCCCUUACCGGGACAUGAACCCCGCCUUGUGACAAGGACUUACAAAUCAGCGGGACACAAAGAUGACGGUGGACUUCGAAGAAUGUGUCAAGGAUUCACCGCGCUUCAGGGCAAACAUUGACGAGGUAGAGACCGAGGUCGUGGAGAUAGAGGCAAAACUUGACAAGCUGGUGAAGCUAUGCGGCGGCAUGAUAGAAGCCGGCAAGGCGUACGUCGGCGCCAACAAGCUCUUCGUCAACGGGAUCCGAGAUCUGUCCCAGCAGUGCAAGAAGGAUGGAAUGAUGUCGGAGUGCCUUGAGAAGUGUGGAGAAAGCCUUCAGGAAAUCAUCAACUACCACAUGAUCCUCUUUGACCAGGCUCAGCGUUCUGUCAAGCAGCAGUUGCAGCACUUUGUCAAAGAGGAUGUGCGCAAGUUCAAGGAAACCAAGAAGCACUUUGACCGUGUUCGUGAAGACAUGGAAAUCGCCCAGGUGAAGAACGCUCAGGCGCCCAGGAACAAACCUCACGAGGUGGAGGAAGCCACCAGCUCGCUUAGCAUCACUCGCAAGUGCUUCAGACACCUUGCUUUGGACUACGUCCUACAGAUCAACGUCCUCCAAGCCAAAAAGAAGUUUGAGAUCCUGGAUGCGAUGCUGUCCUUCAUGCAUGCCCAGUACUCGUUGUUCCAGCAGGGCUACAACCUCCUGGAUGACAUUGACCCCUACAUGAAGAAGCUGGCGGCCGAGCUGGAUCAGCUGGUGAUCGAUUCUGCCAUGGAGAAGAGAGAGAUGGCACACAAACACGCUACCAUCCAACAGAGGGACUUUGCCUACGACGACUCCAAGCCGGAGUUCAACGUGGACGCCCCUAACGGCGUGGUGAUGGAGGGAUACUUGUUCAAGAGGGCUAGCAACGCCUUCAAGACGUGGAACAGACGCUGGUUCUCCAUCCAGAACAGUCAGCUGGUCUAUCAGAAGAAGUUCCAGGACUCUUUGACGGUGGUGGUGGACGACCUCCGCCUGUGCUCCGUGAAACCAUGCGAGGACAUCGAGAGGAGGUUCUGCUUUGAGGUCGUCUCCCCCACCAAGAGCUGUAUGCUACAGGCCGAGUCCGAGAAGCUGAGACAAGCAUGGAUUCAGGCGGUCCAAGCCAGCAUCGCCUCGGCCUACAGAGAGAGCCCAGACAGCUUCUACAUCGAGCGUCUGGAUAGAACGGCCUCGCCGUCCACCAGCAGCAUCGACUCAGCCAGUGACAUGCGAGAGCGCGGUGGGCGUGGCGAGGGCAUCCUACAGAGGAUCCAGUGUCUCCCGGGCAACCAGCAGUGCUGCGACUGCGGCCAGGCGGAGCCUCGCUGGGCCUCCAUCAACUUGGGAGUCCUGCUGUGCAUCGAGUGCUCCGGCAUCCACAGGAGUCUCGGCGUCCAUUGCUCCAAAGUGCGCUCGCUCACGCUGGACUCGUGGGAACCAGAAUUACUGAAGUUAAUGUGUGAGCUGGGCAACAGCGUCAUCAAUCACAUCUACCAGGGUUCGUAUCAGGAACAACAAGGUGUGAAGAAGCCGACGCCCUCCAGUUCCAGGCAGGAGAAGGAGGCUUGGAUCAAGGCCAAGUACGUGGAGAAGAAGUUUGUGAAGAAGCUGACCAGCAUGCAGGUUCUUGUCAACAGUCAGAGAAAGUCAGAGCGGCGCUCGGGCAUUAAGAAAUGUCGCAGGCACAACAGUGCCACAACGGUACCCAAGAUGCAGCGCUGGUACCGGCAGGAGCUCAGGAGCGCCUCCCCGUCCAGCCUCUCCUCAGCUGCUGCUAAGUUCAGACGAGAGUCCUUGUUUUGUCCCGAUGAGCUGGACUCACUUUUCUCCUACUUCGACACCGGGUCCGGACCUCGAAGUCCGGCAGGCCUCAGCAGCGACAGCGGCCUGGGCAGCACCGACGGCAGCACAGACAUCCUGGUCUUUGGACCGGUGGUGGACAGCGUCACAGAAGAGGAGUGUGAGAUGUCAGAGGAUUCCAGCGGCGAGGCCGAGCACGAUUUGUCGGACCCGGAGGACCUGAGGGACCUCCAUCCGGGGGCGCUGCUGUACAAAGCGGCCAAAGCUCGCAACUUGCCGGUCAUGGCUGAGGCACUGGCUCACGGCGCUGACGUCAACAUGGUCAGCGAGGACGACGAAGGGAAGACUCCCCUCAUACAGGCUGUGAUUGGGGGUUCCCUGCUAGCUUGUGAGUUCCUCCUCCAGAACGCCGCCGACGUGGACCAAAGAGACGCAAGAGGGCGGGGCCCCCUGCAUCACGCCACCUACCUAGGUCACACGGGGCAGGUGUGUUUGUUCCUUAAAAGAGGCGCCACGCAGAGCGACGGCGACGAGGACGGCCAUGAUCCGUUGAGCAUAGCCGUGCAGCAAGCCAACGCGGACAUCGUCACGCUGUUGCGUCUGGCCAGGAUGAACGAGGAGAUGCGUGAGUCGGAGGGUCCCUUUGGACAGCCAGGAGAUGCCACAUACCUGGACAUCUUCCGAGAGUUCUCACACAUGGCAUCCCAUAAUCCCGAGAAGCUGAAGAGGAGGAGUGUGCACUUCAGGCACUCCUUCAGGUAGUCCAUAACCUUCUCCUGGUGGACAAGCUUGGAGCUGUAAACCUUCUGCAGCAUUAUUUUCUUCUCAUUCUUGUGAUUUUUACAUGCGUCAUCCAACACUAUGUUAGUGCUGCUUUUUUUAUUAUUGUUGUUUUUUAUCCAUGAGGAUUUGCAGGUCUUGUCUUCUGAUGGAUUUUUGUUGACUGUAUUGUGAAGCUUUGAGCAGAACUAAAGCCAGAAACAUUAUAAACACGGUUCAUUUACAUGUAUUUAAAUGCAAAUUAUUCUCCUCCAAGUUGCCAAGUUGGAAUAUUUACUGUGAAUAAG